UUUUAAAUUUAAAAACAGGAAAUCUUAUUCAAAACAAACCAAAAAACGACCGUUUUAGUUAAUCACUUUAAGUGUGUCGGCUAAAAUUGAUAAUUGGCCAAAAACCAUUUACUACAUAAAUAUAAACAAAGCAAAACAUAAGACAACAUGUUGGACAUAAUCCAACCUAAUGCUGCUCAGGCCCAAAACAUGCAACUAAAUGAUAACACAACAACCUCAACCGAUGUGGUAGUGGUCCGAGCUAAACCCAAAAAAGUUUUCAAACCCAAGGCCCGUCUAAAUCGUAUACCCCAAAGUCUACUCGAUGAUCCCCAGCUGCAAAAGGCCAUUGAACGUCUACCCUCUAACUAUAAUUUCGAAAUACACAAAACUAUAUGGCGUAUCAAGGAAAUGAAAGCGAAACGUGUAGCCCUACAAUUGCCCGAGGGACUGCUAAUGUAUGCCAUGGUAAUCAGUGACAUUAUCGAACGUUUUACCGAAGCCGAUACCGUAAUCAUGGGUGAUGUUACCUAUGGCGCCUGUUGUGUUGACGAUUAUACCGCUAAAGCUUUAGGCGCUGAAUUGCUGGUACACUACGGCCACAGUUGUUUAAUACCCGUCGAUCAGACGGAGGGCAUUAAGGUUUUAUACAUUUUUGUGGAUAUCAAAAUUGAUCCGCUACACUUUUUGGAUUCCGUUAAGCUGAACUUUAAACCGGAAGAUGGUCAGAUGGCUUUAGUUAGUACCAUACAGUUUGUGACAACGUUACAGGCCGCUUCGGCGGAACUUAAGGCAGCCGGCUAUGAUGUGAUAGUGCCACAAGCUAAACCUUUGAGUCCCGGUGAGAUUUUAGGCUGUACCUCGCCCACACUGCCAGAGACAACUAAGUUGAUUAUAUACUUGGGAGAUGGACGGUUUCAUUUGGAAUCAGCCAUGAUAGCCAAUCCGAAAUUGAAGGCCUUUAAAUACGAUCCCUAUGAAAAAAAAUUCACCAUUGAACAAUACGAUCACUGUACCAUGCAGUCUAUGCGUUAUGGCGAAAUAGCAAAGGCCAUGAAAGCCAAGAAAAUUGGUAUUAUUUUGGGUACUUUGGGACGCCAGGGCAGCUCAAGAGUUCACAAAUUCCUCGAAAAACGUAUACGAGCCAAAGGUUUUGAUUCCACCACCAUUCUGCUGUCGGAAAUCUUUCCCCAAAAACUUUCAUUAUUCGAUGAUAUAGAUGCUUUUGUACAAAUAGCCUGUCCUCGCUUAUCCAUAGAUUGGGGCACAGCUUUCGCCAAACCACUGCUGAAUCCCUAUGAAUUGUCGGUGGUGCUGGGUGAUGUUGAAUACAUGCCACACAAUGCUGCUCCUAAACAAAAUUCCUAUCCUAUGGACUUUUAUGCCAGCGGUAGUUUAGGGCCCUGGACUCCUAAUUUCAAACCUCCUGCCCUGGGUGAAUGUGAAAAUAAACCCUCAGCUGAUUGUUGUGGCCGUUGUACGCGUGCCGAAUUGGAAAAGGAUGAGGAUGGCAAAAUUGUAACAAAAGUUGUGGAUAUAGAUGAUUUGUUGGACUUUAAAAAAGGCUAAAUGUUUGGUAUUUAAAGUUUAAGCACUACAGCUAGCUGUCCACUACCUGUAAAGAACAAAUUUUGUAUGGUUUUACAAAACUUGUGGCGUUUUGUGAUGAUUUUUCUCAAAAUACAAAAAGUUUAUUUAAUGUAUAUAAAAAAUAUGGGACUUAAACAUGUUUUAAUUUUUUCUCGUUUAUAGUUUUAAGUAACUUUAAUCAUGUUUUAAAUUAUUUUUUUAGUUUCAUUGCUUUUCUGCCCUCCCUUAUUUUAUAACUAUACAAUUUUUUAGUUAAAUUUUAGUUUUUAUGGCAAUUUCAUGGCUUUUUUUUAAAUAUAGAUUUAUACAGUAUAAAAAAAAUAAAUAAAAAUAGAAUUUAACAAAUAUUUAAAAA